CAUAUCUGGUCACAUCACAAGCUAAAUAGCUUCGCACAAUCCAUCGUCUUUUAUUUGUAUAUUGCGUUGUACUCCACCUUCAUUGCACGGCGUAUUGCAAAUUUCUUUUGUAUUGCUUUCAGGUACGAAAAACCGUGGUGCUGAUGAAUUGAUCGCCAUGAAGCCGGAGGACCAGAACAACUUUUCGCAAAAGUCACGAUCCUCUCCAGAUUCCAGCACUGAGAACAAUUUGAGCAGCAGUGAUUCGGAAAUGGAAUUUGUUGGCACAAGUGCACAGGGAAUCCUGAAACAUAGGAAUAAGGAUGAGAGGAAAAUAUCGGAACUCAAGCGAAAGUUGGCGGAGACCGAAAUAAAUCUAAAGGCCCAACAGGAAAAGGGCAGUAUGCUUGAAAACUGCAUCAAGGAUAAGGAUGAUCUUAUUAAGACCCUGCAAUUGUCGAUUGACUUAGUAUCGCAAACAAAAGAAAUGACCAUACAGAAAUUACAAAUUCAAAUUAUGGACUUGCAAAGUUCUCUCGACUUGAGUAGGAUUGCAAUUAAGGACAACCAUGGAGGAAAUUGUGCUCCAGCACAUGAUAAAGUUGUGAAAGAACGAAAGGAGUUAAAUAUGGAAAAUGGAAAAUUUCGAGAGGGGAAUGAUCAGAUUGUUGAAAUCGAGAAAAUUUUGAAGUCAAAAGAUGCGGAAAUCGCCAGACUAGAAUUCAAAAUUGACGAGUCGAAGCUAAAAAUUGUGAAACUGGAAGAUGCAGUAAAGGCGAAGGACGAAAAGAUAGUGAAAAUGAAAGAGAUAUUGUCCGAGUAUAACGGGAAUAAUAAGGACGACGAUGAAUUCGUAUUCCUGGGCUUUUCCAAUGUGCCUUCAAUUAAAUUAGUGACACUACCUAAUUUCGAACCCUUUGCCUCAGUUUUCGAGGAUAUUCCUUCUGCCGGUCGUGGUUGGAUGGUAAUCCAGCGUAGAAUCGAUGGCAGUUUCGAUGACGUCAUCAAUUCAAAACUAAAACAAGGCUGUGGGGAUUUGGGUGGCGAGUUCUGGCUUGGCCUCGAAAAAUUGCAUAAAAUGACGACAAAUCGACGAAUGGAACUGUAUAUCCAGCUCGUCGAUUUCGACAAUGUUAGUGCUUAUGCAAGAUAUGAUCAUUUUGUGAUUGGAGAUGCAAAAGAGAACUACAAACUACUUUGCCUUGGUAAAUACUCAGGAAAUGCUGGCGACGCAUUUAGCAGUCAUAUAAACCAAGCCUUUGAUGUCCUUAAUCUAUUCCAUUUGGAAUCAUCGAAAUGGUGGGGUACAAUGAACUGUAACUUAAACGGAAUAUAUAAGAAAUCCAAAAUUGAGUUGCUCACGCCGGAUGGCAUUUGGUGGGGUAAUUGGAAUCUUGGGAAGAGAAUUUCCCUAAAAUCGUGCAAAAUGCUAAUCAGACCAAUGCCGUGAGCCAAGUAUAAAAGCUUGUCAAAUAUCAUUGUCUCGGAAAUAAAAGUUGGAAAAUAACUUCUACCUGUUA